AUGACACCAUCACGUUGGACCAAGGAGGGGCCUAGCGGCUCUACCUUUCAUGAGUUGGUUGUCCUCCCAACUCUCGCACCUGGCCUUGCACGUUCAGCUGGAGCAGAACUGUCGGACGAGUGCAGCCCUUCGCCGCUAUGUGACGCUACAACUCAAGCUGUUUUGUCUGACAGUCACAUGGCAAAUGCGCCAAGUCAACCUGUAUCUCACAGAUCAGAGGCAUCCUCGAGCGUGCCGGCUGGUGGGCCAAGUCAAGAUGCUCUAAAGUGCCUUUUUUUUGUGCUUGUUUCAACGGCACACGUCAAGAUGGUCCCCAACGGCCACACUGUGAAAUAUCAGAAGCACGAGGAGAACAAGACUCUGACAGAGAAAGUCACCGUUCUGGCACUCAGUCGCAUGGAGUUCAUCAGAGUGGUGCUCUCUGCGCAUGGAUUGGAGAACUUCUAUCUUCCGGGACUGCUCAAUGGGCCAGGAAUGAAGGUUCAUUGGAAGGGAUCCUCGGGUGGGAAGACGAAAGCUCCGAUGAUCCAUAUGGACAAUGACUGGAAGGUCCUCCUGCAACAACUUGAGGUGACGAGGCCGAAUCAAGUUCAUACAGUCUUUGUCGACUUCGACUUAGACACAAUGGAGGGGUACAAGAACCGAAAGCAUCCUCUAUCUCCAUUUUCAUUGGACAGCCAAUUUAAUGCGGCCGAACUCAGCUAUGGAACUCAUGUACCAAAUGCCGCACUGUAUUCACCUGAGCAACGUGCACAGGCAGCUAUGGUUGACGAUAUCAAAGCUGCAUGGCAGUGCAUGCAGCAUGGCACAUGCUACAUCAACACGGCUCAGGAGCACAUCCAGAUGAAUAAAUUUCGCCUCAAGCAAUGGUGUGCUGCAAUUGCCGCAAAUGCGUCAUCUGCAAAAGAACCUCCUCCCGAUUCACUGAUCAGUGAGUGGACUGGAAAGACUGUGAUGGCUGCGAAGCCUUGUGGUCGCUGUGGGCCCAAUGUGGUGACGUCAGGGUCCGGUUUCGAUGAUCCUGGAUCAAGUAGCGAGACUACUACCAACCUCCUUAUCUCCACUCUCGGCUUUCUCGUAACGAUGAUGGCACAGAACAACACUAAGCAGAAUAUGCCAGUAUCCAUACCACCUACUAUUCUCGCCCCUGCUCCCCUGCCUCUUGACUCCGGUGGUCCAGCUUCACUCUCCGUUAGUUCUACAGCCGCAUCAGUAUCUGAUACUGCCGCUGCAGGAGGCGAGGUGACUGCGCAUGCACGAGGACACACUGCAUCCUCCCCUCCACCGAUAGUAGAAGAAGAGCUUGUGCACUGUCUCGAGGCCUUUGGUCGUGCCAAAAAAAUCCCCCUCGGGAUCAUUGACAUGGUGUUGGGAAAGCUCUUUGAGCUUUCCUACAGUCCGGACUUACUGACGGAAGUAUCUGUAGAGCGUCUCAAGGAACUGACAGAGCUUCCAGAGGGACAGGUAUAUGCUCUGAAGAAGUUUGCUGGAGAAUGGUGCUGCAAAGUCGGACAGGUCUUGUCGAUCAUGAAUCAGACACCCAACACCUCCUCCACAUUCAUCCCCAUCUCCAUGCCGCGCCCGGGAGGUAAAGGCACGCCGUCCUUAAAUGGGAAACACGUACAAGAUUUUAUUUCCGACUUCGAGAGUGCAGCUAAGGCAGCAGGAAUCGCUAACACAGAGUGGCUGAAGUUGGUGUUAUGGUACUGCGAUUUGAAGGUACGCCGCAUCAUUGAGAACGAUGCUGCUUUCACAGGUACAGUCUGGGCAGAUGCCCGGGCUCAGUUAACUUACUAUUAUGAGUCCUCGGAUCACAAGCCCAAAGUGUCACCUCGGCAGCUCCGCGCAUUUGUCAAGAAGGUGAAAAAGGAACGUGUCCGAGAUCUGCGCGACUUUGACAACUACGUACGUAUAUUCGCGAAUAAGGUCAGUGACAUGGUCACGAAAGGACAACUCUCCGACACGGACCGGAAUCUCGCGUUCUACAAAGGGGUCCCAAAACGCUUACGCAAGAAGCUGAAGGCUAGCAUUGAGACUGCUGCAGGACACAAGUUGACAAGUCACCGACCACCAAUGGUAGGGCAAGUCGUUCAGGUUGCACGCAACUAUUUUAAAGAGGACGACAUCAACUAUGAUUCAGAUUCGAGCUCAAGCUCUAGUUUGGACUUGGAGACAGGAUCAGGUGAUAGCAGUGACAGCGAUAGCGAUACUGACUCUUCCAGUGAUGCAGAGAGUGAUGACGAGAAGCCACGGAAGAAGAAGAAGAAAUCGAAGAAGAAGAAGACGAAGGGUAAGGCAGAGUCGAUGGAUGCUGAUAACAAGAAAAUCUCGCAGUUACAGGACAAAAUAGACAAGCUCACCAUGCAUCUUGUCAACACGGAAGAUGGAUGGCAUGAGCGCGAAUGUCGCAAAUGUGAAGAGCGUUUGCAGCCUCAGGAUGAGCAGACUAGUCCUGUUUCUAGACCGUUCAAACCUACUAAUUAUCGUUUCAUGUCGAAUAUCCAGGAGAAUGUUUCUAUCGAUCAGGUGCAGGAACAGCUGCUCGACACUAAAGUUACCCUUCCAUUGCGCAACAUUCUCGGUGCUUCAUCAGAACUCCAGAAGCGGUUUGCAUCACUCACGAAAAUGCGCAAAGAAUUUGGCGUGAAGGCCUCGAUCUAUGACUGUGAUGAAGUGGACGAGGACAACACGUCUGUGGACAUGCCACAAUCGGGUAAAGAACAGACUGCACAAGUGUUACUGACAUUUUCAACCAAGGAUGAUUUGAUGCAUAUCCUCGGACGGUAUGCAGGCGCUGUAUCGCUUGGUGCCAAGCGGUUCUUUGCCAUGGCUUGUGGAGUGGUACAGGCUAAGUUCGGCACUAAAGAUGUUACUUUUCUUGUAGAUUCAGGUUGGGAGCUCAACCUUGUCUCGAGAUGCAUUUUCGAUCAAUCAGGAGUCAACAUUGAUGAAGACGGAGCUUGCUGGUCCUUGCGUGGCAUCUAUGGCAAUCCGGUCCCUCUCCUUGGUUGUUGUAGGGAUGCGCACAUUGAGAUCCGCAGCAAACGUUUUGACCAUCACUUCUUCAUCAGUCAUUCAGAAACUGGUAAUCACGACGGUAUCCUCGGUCAACCCUGGUUACAGUGGUUUGCGGCACAUAUAGACUAUGAACGCGCUGGUUCCAUGACGCUUCAGGCCUUCCCGUCAGGUUGCAAAUCCGAUGAAUCCGUCAACAUCAUGGUUGUGGGGCCCGAUCAUCAACGAAAUGCAGACAGACUUGUGCACGCGACCAUCGCCGAUGUUCCUGACUCAGAAUCUGAAGCUGGACCGCGUUUUUGA